AUGUCUUCUGGCAACAGACUUGAGGCUGCAUCAAUGUCCUUUACCGCUGACCAUGUACCUGUGCCUCCCCGACCGCCUCUCAGUCGGCGGCGUGAUAAGCCCCAGCUGUCGUGUAACACCUGUCGCCGUCGCAAGCCCGUAUCUCAAUCGAUGCUAACCCACUAUGCAAGAUCCCGCUGCGAUCGUCAGCACCCCUGCUCCGGUUGUGCAUCGCGAGGAGACCCCUGCGUUUAUGCGGACAGCCAGCAUCGGUCGGCCCGCCCGCAUGCUCCCCGCCAGGCGGUCGUCCCGGAGAUGCAGGAUCGGCUGGCGCAACUCGAACGUCUCGUCCACUCGUUGAUGCCUGGGUCUGCAUUGUCCUCCAACGCUGCGAAUGAGUCGCCCUUGCAAGACAGUCAAUUGGACUGCGGCAGUAUGCGCGUGAGCGCCUCGGAGCUCCGCUACGUCGGCGGGGAUCAUUGGGCGGCCAUUCUCGACAAUAUUGCCGAGCUCAAAGAUCAUUUCGAUCGCGAAGAGGAGCUGUCUAUUACGACCAGUCCGGAUGACGAACCUGACUCGACGCAUGCACUUCUACUGUACGGAUGCCGGCGGGCGACAUCGCGGGAGGAGCUGCUGGAGGCGCUCCCUCCCCGGAACAUUGUGGAUCGCUAUUUGUCGCGCUACUUCAACCGCAUGGACUUGGUCUCUACCAGUGCCGUCCAUGGACCUACCUUUUUGCGCGAGUACGAAACCUUCUGGGCGGAGCCCAGCAAAGUACCUAUCAUGUGGCUGGGAUUGUUGUUUAGCAUGAUAUGCUUGGGCGUGCAAGCCUCGAAUGCAUCUACUCUGAAGGAGCUAGAUGCCGAGCAACAAGCGCUGCAGAUUGAUCUGUAUCGCGAGAAAGUCGUUCAGUGUCUCGUUAUGGGCGAGUACACAAAGUGCGGCCCCUAUGUGCUCGAGACAGUCAUUCAAUACGUGUAUAUCGAGUUCUGCCUUCAUUCGGAUGCCGACCAGGACAUUUGGUUUCUCCUUGCACUGGAGGUGAAUUUGGCGAUGCGGAUGGGCUACCAUCGGGAUCCCAGCCAUUUUCCCGGCCUCGCCCCCGUGCAAGGGGAAAUGCGACGUCGACUAUGGGCAACAGUGCUUCUAGGUGAUAUUCUCAUUUCCAGCCAGAUGGGCUUGCCGCGCAUGGUUCCUCAUGAGAAGUGCGAUACAGCUGAGCCACGCAAUUUGAAUGACGAUGACCUGGAGACCCCCGGGGCAGAGCUUCCCCCAUCCCGACCGGAGACUGAGGCUACAACAGCAACGGGUGUCAUCGCGCGACGCCGCAUGCUAGUCGCUCUAGGUUCAAUCAGCGAUCUGGCUGCUACUGUACAGUCUUCUCCGUACUCUGAAGUUCUGCGGGUUGACCGUGUGCUACACGAUGCGGCCUCUAGUCUCCCGCCGCCACUGCGGAUCGAGUCACCACUAGGAAUCAGCUUCACGGACAGUCCACAGGUCACCAUGUCCCGGUUGUUCCUCCGUCAUCUGUUUUACAAGGGCCAACUGAUGCUCCAUCGCCGCUUUCUCUUCACAGCAAGGCCAGCAGGGGAAGUGGACACGUUCGCCUACUCUCGUGAAGCAUGUAUCAGCGCCUCGCUCGGUGCGCUAGAGCUUCAGCAUAUCCUGGAUGAGGAGACAUCUCCGGGAGGACAAUUGCAGUCGCUGCAAUGGCGGGUGACAUCCAUUAUCAAUCACCAGUUUCUCACGGCAACUAUGAUUCUGUGUUCCCUUCUACAUCGCGGUUCUCCUCUACCACAGGCUGAAGAGAUUCAGAGGGCGCUCCGACGCGCGCGUGUGAGCUGGAUGCGCCGUAGUGCGACCUCGCGUGAGGCCAAUAUGGCGGUGAAAACAAUCCGGAUUGUGUUGUCUCGGACUGCCGAGAAAAGACCGGCACCGGCUAGUGAUGGCGAUGCCGACAUAGGCGGGAAUGCGCUUGACUCGGAGAUUCUCGAUCCACCUGAUCUGUCCUGGCUAGCUGACUAUGCAACAGACGAUCCUGACCUUCCCUCCACGUUUCUAGGGGUUCGAGGGGAUCGACCGGAUGUCUUCCCAUUCGAUAUCAACAUUCAACGUGGGGGGAAUGAGUGGAUGGGGAUGAAUUGGCCGGGAACAGAGUGGUGAUGCCUCGGUCAGUUGGGAGGUAGGGAUGAGACCGAUGAAAGAGGAGUAUCAUCUCGACCAGUCGCCGCACUCGAAGCAGGAGAUUCUAUUUCAAGGUGAAUUGAUUAGCAUACUCGUGGAUUCUGAGGAUACCCUUCGAAAACACUGGACAUUAAGGUACAAAGCAGGUGUCCGUGAUAUCUGUGCAGACGUAUUCAAGGGUGAUGGUAAGGAUACCAGGGAGACGAUAAUGCAAUGACAAUAUGGCUGGAUCUAUUCAUUAGGGGAGAUAGGAAAAAAGCGGAAAUCGAAUGGCUGGAGUCAAGCUCCUUGUGCGCUACAGGGGAUUGGUUGUGCCUGACCCUGGAAAGGAAUCGCCCCGGUUGUGCAAGGG